AUCAGUCCAAGGACAUCAUCAGCCUGGUAAGGGGGGAAGUUUGAUCCUCUUUCUCACGGAUCGCAGUCAACGGGAGUUUUUUUUCCCUCCCAGCUCCUUUACAUAGGAUUUUUCCCCUCAUUUUUUGGCUUUUUUAUUUUUUUAAUUUCUAGGAUCCUUUUUGCUCAACGUGGUAAAUCUCAGCGCAGUGGUCUGUAGCCCACCGCGCUCCGCUCAAACUGGAUUUUAAUUUGAUUUUCUGUUUCCCACCCGACUCCUGAGUUUGCUUCGAGCUUCAUGACUAUGCUUCUAGAUAGCGGUCCGCAGUUCGCAUCGUUAGGAGUGGGGGGCUUCGGGACGCCACGGCAUCACGACAUCGGGAACAGGGACCCGGGUCUGGGACUGAAUCCCUUCUCUGAUUCCUCCCACUCCGCGGCUUUCAAAAUCAGCCCCGUGGCGCACGACAUCGCAUCCAGCCAGACAUCAGCUUUCACUCCGCAGGCGACGGGAUACGCGGCCGCUUUGGGACACUCGCACGGCGGGCAGGUGGGCUCAUAUGGCGGGGGAGCGUUCAACUCGACGCGGGACUUUCUCUUCCGGAACCGGGGCGUCGGAGAGUCCCCAGCUCCGAGUGCCCAGCAUGGGAUCUUUGCAGCCUCGACGGGGAGUCUGCACGGGCCGCCCGGGAUCCCCGACAACCCUGGACAUUUGUUGUUCCCUGGACUUCACGACCAGGGAGUGAGCCACACUUCUCCGAGCGGACACGUUGUAAACAGCCAGAUGCACCUCGGCUUACGCGGGGACAUUUUCGGAAGACCAGACCCGUACCGGCCGGUGGCGAGCCCCCGGACGGACCCGUACGGUGCUCAGCUGCACAACUACAACCACCCGAUCAACAUGAACAUGGGCAUGAACGUGCCGACGCACCACGGUCCGGGGGCCUUCUUCAGAUACAUGCGGCAGCCGAUCAAGCAAGAGCUGUCCUGCAAAUGGAUAGACGAGAACCAGAUGAAUAGACCCAAAAAGACGUGCGACAGGACGUUCAGUACCAUGCACGAGAUGGUCACGCAUGUGUCCAUGGAGCACGUCGGCGGCCCCGAGCAGAGCAACCACGUCUGCUUCUGGGAGGACUGCCCGAGGGAGGGCAAGUCCUUUAAGGCCAAGUACAAACUCGUCAACCACAUCCGCGUGCACACGGGCGAGAAGCCGUUCCCGUGCCCGUUCCCUGGAUGUGGGAAAAUAUUUGCCCGGUCGGAAAAUCUGAAAAUCCACAAAAGAACGCACACAGGUGAGAAGCCGUUUAAGUGUGAAUUUGACGGCUGCGACAGACGCUUCGCCAACAGCAGCGACAGGAAAAAGCACAUGCAUGUGCACACGUCAGACAAGCCAUACAUCUGCAAAGUGUGCGACAAGUCCUACACACACCCCAGCUCUCUCAGGAAACACAUGAAGGUACAUGAGUCUCAAGGUUCGGAAUCUUCCCCGGCAGCGAGCUCCGGAUAUGAAUCGGCCACUCCACCGGUGCUGGUCUCAGCGAGCACCGAGGACCCGACAAAAACACCGCCGUCAGCCGUGCAAAACACGCCUGGUCACAGUGAAGGACUGCCGCCCAACUUUAACGAGUGGUAUGUUUGAAGUCGUGAGGAGUGGAGCCUCUCCCUGCAGUUUGGACCAUGAAGAUGAACGAGGAGUGACUUAAAAUAAAACCAUUUUCUCUCCCAUACACACUCUUGCGCGCACACCCCCCCCCCCCCCCCCUCUCUCUCUCUCUCUCACACACACACACACACACACACACACGCAUACAAACAAAUGGGACUGGAACAACAACAACAUGGAGAUGAGAGCAAAAGCCAGCACCAAGCAGGCCACGUCCGUUCUCAGGAUCACGGAAAAAAUGACUUUAUUCCGCAGUUUUAAAACAAAUCAUCCACGACUAAAUAAACUUUCUGAUUACAAUUUUUUUUCUUUUUAUUUUUAAUCUUUUAGUUUACAGAUUUC